AUGUUUGUUGUAGGAGGUCAGCUAUUGACAACGGAUGCUCCCUAUCGGAUUUUCCCAAGAGUGACUUAUGAGAAUAUUCAAAAGUCAUUGGUAUUUCGGAAUUAUCGUCAUAUUUCCCACUACUUUAAGGAAAGAAAUAUUGAAGAAGAAGGAGUAAGAGAUUCAUUCUUUGACAUGCAAGCUGGUCAUGCACGAAGUACGGCUUUGCUAAUUUAUGGUCGCACUUCCGACAAUUUGAAUAACUUGCCGGCGGAUUUUUUCACAAACUUUUUUCGGGCAAGUUUUCGAUGGCAAGAGCUGUUAGAAAUCAAAGACAAUAGUAGCGGUGGAUUCAUAAUUGAGACCAGCAAGCCACAAAACAACAUUGACCAAUUAUUGGAAAAAGCUGACGAGAUAAAAACGAUGCAACAACGUUUGGCGGUAUGGAAAGCGAAAGAAGUGCAGACACAAGCACAAACUGAGACGCAGGACGGCGACACUUAUGGAAACACCGAUGUCGUCGAAAAAGAGACUCGUCGUGGGGAAGGAAAACAAUGUCAAGAGCUGGAUUUGAAUUUGAACACGAACCAAGCAGCGGUUGCUGUUGUACCAAGGACCAGGACAACGACUGAGACUGGGACCGAAGAACAGCAAAUACAAAGUAGCCCAAGUUUGUAUGCAUCACCAUCACCAUCUAUGUGUCCAUCUCAAUCGACGAUUCGACUUUGCGUGUAUGCUUUAUCAAAGUUUUAUGGUAAGCCAUCAAAGUUUCGUUCUAUGGAGCAACUUCAGUCUGUCUAUUUUUCGUAUUUGAAACGUGUCAACUUGAUCUCGGUACUUGCAACAGGUUCAGGGAAAUCUCUAUCUUUUUUAUUGCCCGCCUUUAUUGAAAAGCAAAAGCGGACUGGACUUAUUACCGUCGUUCUGGUACCUCUCAUCUCUCUACGGCAGGAUAUGGCACGAAGAGCAAACGAAGCGAAAACUCUGGUUUGUUCUAAUGACUGGAAAGUAUACAAGCGGACUCCGCCAGAUUCAUAUAAUCUACCGGACAUGUUUAUUCUUUCUUAUGACUCGGCAUUGACGAACGAAGCACUGUGUUUUUUUGAGAGUCUUGCGGCCAAUGGACGGCUGGCCCGCAUUGUUAUUGAUGAGGCGCAUAGUUUGUUGACAGAUGGCGGUUGGAGGCACGUUUUGUGGAAAGCGUCAAGGUUGUCUGGAAUUGCGGCGCCAAUCAUUCUUCUUAGCGCUACGUUUCCCCGUGAACUGGAGGCUCGUGCUAGCGAGACGUUUUGUACGCACUUUCAAGGAAUCAAAACACUAACGGCUCGAAAAAACAUUCAUUAUUUAUUAAAGCAGCUUGACAAGGAACAGUUUUUAAACGAUCUCCGUGACUUGAUGAUAAGAGCUGGAGUUUUUGAGGGAAAUGGCCGAGCAAUUCUAUUUUGCCGGACAAAGAAAAACGUGGAGGAAUUGCAGGUCAAAAUAAAUUCUGCAGAAAGGAUCGAAACUUGUGCCGUUUCGUAUACAGGUGAUAUGGCAGAGGAAGAGCGACAUACAUGUUUUAAUAUGUUUACAGACUUGGAAAGCAACAACAAUCGUAUUAUGGUGGCCACGAAAGCUUUUGGGCUUGGUAUCGAUUACCCGGAAGUGCGUCUUGUAAUUCACUAUGGGUCACCGUCUACGUCUAUGGAUUUUGCUCAGGAAACAGGUCGUGCUGGAAGGGAUGGCAAGUUUUCGAUUGCUUCUAUGUUUUACAGCAAGUAUGAAGUGUCUACGUCAGCGUAUAUUGACGUUAGGAUGAAAAACUUCGUUGAGGACAAAUCAAUGUGCGUUCGGUCGUUUUUAGCAAGUGAGAUGGAUGAUCAAUGCAGUGGUUGUGACUUUUUGCCUGACUAUGUCGUUUGUUCUCGAUGUAACCCGGGAUUACUGGAUGAAAGAGAAAAAGAGCUGCUCUCUGUUGAGAAGGACAAGGUCAAAGACAAAGACAAAGACAAGGAGACAUUGACACCGACACGGAAGAAGAAGCUUGCCAGUGGAUCACCACCCACACCGCAAAGCGCUUGUUCUUCAGAUGCUUUGUCUGCUGAUUCAAAAUUGAUGAAUUGCACAAUCACAAAGGAUAACGAAGAAAGUGGUGGUAGUUAUGGUCGAGUCACCCCAGUAAGUUCGACAAGCAAGACAGAUGUUUCGAGCAGCAAAUCAGGUCAUUCUGAAACAACUUUUUUCUCAUCCCCAACACUAUCGAAAAGCACUGAUGCUAGAAAACGUUCGUUUCUAGAAACUCAUGGCGAUGUCGAUGUCGAUGGCGAUGGCGAUAGCUAUGGCGAUGGUGAUGAUUAUAAUUUGCACAAGAAGAAUCAAUUGGGAUAUGAUAACCGGUGCGAAGGUGUUAAAAGGCAUUGGAUGGCCAGUUUGUCAAAGACAAGUUUGUUGGAAAAGUUUUUCAGAGAAUUUCGAAAAGAAUGCAUAUCAUGUUUUGUUGAACAAGGUGGAAACCGCUCUGUAAUACACAAGAAUACAUGCCCUUUAGAGGUGAAAAGAUGCUUUCGAUGUCGACAAACUGAUCACACGAGAUUCAAGUGUCCGUAUAAGUUUCAGUUUUCGGGAGCUUGUAUGUAUUGCGGAUUAACGACAUUUGAACAUUUAGAAGAGGAUUUUCCGUACAAGUCAAAGUGCAAAUCGUGGGCUAGGGGAAAACUUGGCAAAGUUGCUUUUUUUGCUUGGAGCAAUGGGAAUUAUAAGCAAGCGAUUGCUAAUCAAUUUCUAGAGGGAAAUUUGGACGAUCAAAAUUUUUUUAACUUUAUUUGUCAGCCGAGUGGCACGACAUCUGAAUUUGUGAAUGUUGUUUACUUUCUAGUGACUGAUAUUCUUGAUGCUCUCUGA